UCGGCUUAGAAGACAUCCCAUUAUAUCACCCUCUAUCCAAGUCGUCCCUUUUUGUUAAUAGAAGCGGAACACUGUUAAAGAGAGAUAUAAUACACAUCCACACACAUAACCCAAACGGAUAAACAAACAAAAUGCAAACUAUAAAGUGUGUUGUCGUCGGUGAUGGUGCCGUUGGUAAAACCUGUCUCUUAAUCUCAUACACCAACAAUAAGUUCCCAUCCGAUUAUGUUCCAACCGUGUUUGACAACUACGCCGUCACUGUUAUGAUUGGUGACGAGCCAUAUACCUUGGGAUUAUUCGAUACCGCGGGCCAAGAAGAUUACGAUCGUCUUAGACCGUUGAGUUACCCAUCUACAGAUGUGUUUUUAGUCUGUUUUUCUGUUAUAUCCCCACCGUCGUUCGAAAACGUCAAAGAGAAGUGGUUCCCAGAAGUCCACCACCACUGUCCAGGCGUUCCGUGUUUGAUCGUUGGUACCCAAGCGGAUUUGAGAGACGAUAAAUUGGUUUUGGAAAGGUUGCUGAGACAAAAGUUGAGGCCAAUUUCCGCCGAUGCCGGUGAGAGAUUGGCCAAGGAAUUGAGAGCCAUCAAGUACAUUGAGUGUUCCGCCUUAACCCAGCGUGGGUUGAAGAACGUUUUCGACGAGGCCAUUGUUGCUGCCUUAGAGCCACCUGUGAUCAAGAAGAGCAAAAAGUGCACCAUCUUGUAAGGAUCAAACACUGCCCUUUCCCUUCUAUUCGCACCUCGGCGGGCGUUCUAUUUGACAUAAUCUCUGGUGGUGUGCU